UAUAUUUUGUUGCAUUCUAGUUCUACCUCUACUUUCAUUUUCAGGUUAAGAACAAAUUGCAAUGGAAUUUUUGAGAAACUCAAGACGUUUAAUAAAAGUAGGAUCUACAAUUUCAAGACUUUAUAGUGUAAAAUCUAAAGAAGAAAUAGAAAAAUUAGUCAAAAAUAGCAAAGUUGUCGUGUUCAUGAAAGGAGUCCCACAGCAACCCCAAUGUGGCUUUAGCAAUGCUGUUGUACAAGUUUUACGAAUGCACGGGGUUAGUUAUGAUGCUCAUAAUGUGCUGAAAGAUGAUUCACUUCGCCAAGGUAUAAAAGAAUAUUCUAAUUGGCCAACAAUUCCACAGGUAUAUAUAAAUGGGGACUUUGUUGGUGGUUGUGAUAUAAUUAUUCAAAUGCAUCAAUCGGGUGAUUUAAUUGAAGAAUUGAAAAAGGCAGGUAUAAAUAGUGCUCUUUUGGAUAAAGAAGAAAGUCCUACUGGUGAAACAAAGAAAUAGUUACAACUGUUGCAAUUCGAAUAAAUCCGAAUACUAGUGAAUUGCAACACACACAUGGUUAUUUACACGUGUUUUUUAUGUGCUGUUUUAUUGAAAAUUGGUUAUAUUUAGAUAUAUUCGUUAAUGAAUAAAUAGAAGCUUGGCUUCAUUUUGUUAUGUUUAAA